AUGGGUGCCCAAACAUCCACACCGACAUUCCCUAGGAGUGGUUUAGUUUUCCCCAGUUCUGGUGGACCGAUUGCUCCAUUCACAAACGAUGGAAAAUCUCCGCUGACGUCGCCCGUCAAGGACCCUUUAAAACGCUCUAAUCAACUAAAAUCUUUAAUCACGCCGUCUUUGAUCGCCAAGUGGAACGAUGCUCCAGCUCCCCCCUCUGCCUCUAGUUCCCAAUCUUCAUCGAUUUCCGCCAUUAACCCCCACAUAAACCCUCUAAUCUUCGACUCCCCUCAAAAGACCCCAUCCACUGUUGCCUCCACCCUGUCAACCGCAACCAACUCCCUCACCAAGACGAGAUCCUCGAUGAAGAGGGCAGCCACUGUGGCUGACCUGGACUGUGAAGAUCCGGAUGAAGGCAAUGGUGAGAGCUUUUUCUCUCAAUAG